UAGAAGUGUCUAUUUUCGCCUUCGUGAACAGAAGAGCUAAUGAGCAAUUUGUAAACAUUGCAUACGCAGUAGCAAAAAGAUAUGGAUUUUAAAGCAUUGCUACAAGCAGAAAUUAACAGAAAAAGACAAAAAGUAGAGUCGAAAGACAUACUUGCACCAAAUAAAAAGUAUUUCAAACGAGGAGAUUUAGCAGCAAAGGAAGAGGAAGAAUAUUGGAAAAGACACAAAAGGGGCGAUGACAAAAAACAAGAAUCUCUAGAAAAGGAGAAAGAUUCACAAGAAGAGCUUGUAGGACAGUCUGAAGAAAAGGUCCCUCAACUGGCAAGAAAAGAGGUAAUAAGAAGACUUAGAGAGAGACAUGAGCCUAUCCGACUCUUUGGGGAGAGUGAUUACGAAGCAUAUCUUCGACUAAAAAGACUGGAAACUGACGGCCCUGAUGCCAGAGAGGAGGGUUUCAGGAAUGAGUUCAAAGCAGCUAUGGACAAAGUGGACGAAGACUAUUUCAAAGAAAUGGUAGAAGCUGCCACGUCUGGUGAAGGUGGCAAAAAGUCAAAUGAUGUCUCAAUCAAAGACGAUGGAACUACGGUGGAGGACAUUCAG